AAUUAUUGCUUUGCGAUUUCUCGGAAAGGAAUGUACGCCAUCUAUCACUCCGACACUCGAAACACGAAGUGAAAUCGUCGAAUUAUGUAGAAAAAAUAGACACAUUCUUCCAAGCAGGACUAAUUGGAUUACGUUCUUCAGUUUGGACACUUUUUAAGUAUAAAUCACAUCCGUAGGGACGUGAAAAUGGAGGAUACUGAUGAGGAUGUUCCUUCGUCUCCACUACCGCCUGAAUUCAUUAUCAAUGAUCUACCGGAAGAAAUACUGGAGCGUGUGUUAUCCUAUCUUUCCCCAUACAGCGAAGUACAUGUCGCUGCUCGGGUUUGCAAACUGUGGAGACGUCUCAUUCAAGGUGUGAUCUUGAAGCGCAAACAAGCUUUUGUCAAUGCUGCAUGCGAAGGUGUACUGAAAUGGAGUUCUUGCGAAUGUCCAUCCACACCAGUGACUGGGAGAAGCUCUCAUAGCGUGGCUUACGUCAAUGGUAAAAUCUUCUUCUUUGGAGGAUGCUCUGGAUCAAGAACUGCUUUCAAUGACAUGUGGAAUCUUGACCUGAGUACACGAGAAUGGACUCGCGUGCUGGGUUCAGGUUCAUACCCCAGCCCUAAGGGAUCAGCAACCAUGGUCAACUACAAGGGUAACCUGAUCCUCUUUGGCGGACUUGCUCCACCUGUGCCACAUCCCCCUCAUCUUGCACCUCAAAUUUUCAACGAGCUUCAUGUCUACCGCCCUCAUAAGAACAAGUGGUCUUGUGUGGCAACAAGUCCGUCACCCCCACCCAUGGCAGGCCAUUCUGCUAGCAUUAUAGGAAGCAAGAUGGUGGUGUUUGGUGGACUACUGGAUGGGCAACAAAGGUCCAACAGUGUAUGGGUUCUAGAUGUGCAAGAAAUGACCUGGAAAGAGAUAGAGACAAGGAGUCAUGAUAAGCCCAGAGAAAGAUAUGGUCAUGAACAGUUGGUGAUCGAUGAUAAACAUGUUCUAAUCAUUGGAGGCUGUACCUCGUCUCAAGAGGUAAGUCAUAACCAAGCUCCUUUAGAGAUCUUAUCCGAUGCUUGGCUUCUUGAUAUGAGUGGUCCUAAGUGGAAAUGGCAAGAGAUGAGAGUCUGUAAUGAAGAGUUUGCAGCACCACAAAUAUGGCAACAUCCAGCUUGCAAGGUUGGAGACACAGUACUAAUCUACUCCACUCCCAGGCAUCAUAAACCCUAUGGAUUAAAUCGCAAGCGCAACCAUGUGGCCAACACACCGUCCCCCACCAGACCGCAUACAAAACAGACCCAUAUGAGCGGCAGAGACCAAGGUCAAAGUUCACAGCGUGGUCAGAACAAUCUUCAGAGUUUAUUUCGUCGUGGUGAUGGAUCUGGUGGUUCAGGACGAGCUGCUGUGUCAGGUAUUAAGGACAGUAUGAACGGAUGUAGUAAUUGUGAAGUGAACAGUAAUGCUAGAGAUGCUUCAGCAGACAGUGUGAAACCUAAAUACCAUGGUGGUGCCAGGCCUAAAGUUAAGGUCAUUAAUGGAUUGAAAGGACUUACAAAAAGUGUGACAUUAUUUGAUGCAACGUUAACGGAGAGCACAUCAGACAUGGCUUGUUUGACGCUGUUGAAGUGUAAAUGUAGACCUGAAGCACAGGCUAGUCCGUAUCCAUGGCCCACAUCAGGACCACAGCCUAAGAGGUCUACCUUACAGCUUUAUGUGCUAGACAUCAGUCAAGCUACAACUCAAGGACAAGUCAGCUGGCUUCCUGUUCCUGAUUCUACACAUCCAGAUUUCCAUGAAAGACCAAUAUCAGGUGUGGUUCCUAGUCAGCAUGGUCCACCAUCUGAAUCUACCAUCAUGGCUUCACUUACUGCAGCUAGAGGUGAACUGGUUAUGUUUGGUGGACUUGUGGAGAAUCGCAGUCAAAGUUUAUUGAGAGGAAGAGGUUCUAGUGCCUCUUGGGAUUAUAAAGCAGUCAAUAAGAUCUAUUUCUCUUUCUAGUCAUCCUUGCAAUCAAAGAUUUCCCUUCCUGGCUACUGGACUUUGACCUAGCUCUUUGUAGCUCGAUCAUGCCUUCAUAUUUGUAGUUAUAAAUAGGCAUAAACAUAUGAACCCAUUGAAUCUAAUUGAAUAUUGAUGGAAAGUAGAUUCACUUUAAUGUAUUUUGAUGACUAAUCUUCAGGUAAUCUCUGAAGGUCAAACCAACUCUGUAGGAUCAGAAUUUAGUGCUGGGAGCCGAUGUACACCUGUAGCCUACAUGUGCAUUAUCAGUAUGGCCCUCUUCAGAAAUUAACACAUGUAUUAAGUUACAUGUGUGUUUAUUGAAUGCACAAAUGCACAGGAUAUCAAUAUUUUUUGUCAGAUAUAACCAUGAUUUAUUUAAGCAUUACAUGUACCUGGUUAGGAUGCAUGUUCUGAGAUAUGUAGGCUUCAGUAGAAUUUAAUGCCAAAGGCACCAAUGUCCUUUGGCAAGACAUUGAUCUACAUUUGCCACUCUCCACCCGAGUGUUGAAUGGGUACUCGGUAGGCAGGAUGCAAAAGCUAAUGUGCUUAGAUUAGCAAGUGUGCGCUUGUAAAAAUGACGCCUGGCUGGAAUGCUCCCCGGUGAGUGGAGAAUGUCAAUACAUUGUGUCCGGGAAAGCCUGAAUCCGAUGACCAGGGUAAUAAUACAGUAUAUAUCUGUAAAACGCUUGGGAGGGCGUGCGGUCCUGAAAAGCUCAAUGUAAGAACCAACUAUUGUUAUUUAAUGAUAAUAAUAUUAUUGAGUGAAUAGAUUUAAUACACACAAUACAUAAUAAGUCAGAGGAAAAUCAGCCAAUUCUUGAAGUAUUAUUGAUGUUUCUAUUGAUGUACAUUUGCAAUGUCUGUGGCACUGGAAGUAGAACUGUUGAGCCAUGCAAGAAAACGCUGAAAGGCUUUCUCAUAUCAUCAUUGUUAACGAUGAACACAUUAUGACAUUUUAAUACAUCAUAAUUCCUUGGCUCUGCAGAUGAAUACGUAUGCCCUACACGCUUUUUGGCUUUCAAUACAGAUUUGAUUCCAUUGUAAAUUAAUUAUCGGGUAACUUUACCUCCGGACGUCUUCUGUUAAAUCAGUAAUCAAUAUUUCUAGAAUGCUCAUUGUUGGAAGGAAGAAGUGAUAUUGAUACGAUUUCAUUAAAAGUAAAACAUGUUAAGGUGACUUGACUAUCAAAUUAAAAGGCUGAAAGCUAUAAGGGUCAAAAAGCCAGUAUGUACAGAAGAGAAAAUUUGAUUCACUCACUCAGUAAGAACAUGGAACCAACCAUGUUGAACAGCUAACUGUCAAUGCUUGCUUGAUUAAUGUUCUCUAGUCACAUGCUCACGCUGUAUAUCAAGGAAAUAUCUCAAGAAUGUAUGUUGAAAUAAUGCCAGAAUCAUUUAUUCUAUAAACAGUUUAUUGAUAUCUAGAGAGUUUCAUGCAUUCAGAUGUAAUGUUAGUGACCUAGCUUUGCUUCAGUACCUGACUGUAAGUUUGGGAUAUGUGUUUUCUACUUUUUAUCUUUUGUGCAGCUAUUCUGUAGGACGUUUGAAAUCCAGAUAUUAACAAUAAUGUUUAUAAUUAUGAGGAUACGGCAUGGUUUAUCACGGGCUGAGUCACCAUUCUCAUCUUUUUUGCAACUAUACAGAAACCAUUAAUGAUUGUUACUCAUUAGAUACCACUUGUAAUUAUCCACACACACACACACACACACAAACUAGUAUACAUGUACAUGUAUAGUCAGUUCUGUUACUUGUCUAAUGUAAUGCUUACAUUGUGUGCAUUAGCUUCUAUGAUAGAAAUACAGCACAGGGGCUGUGGAUCAUGUUCAUCAUCAUGAAAGACCAUCAUUUAAAGUCGUAAUACUUUAAGAAAGACUUUGAAAAGAAAUAAAGCCUUUUAUUAGCUGUCGCCAUGACACCCUCGAUAUAAAACUAUUUGAAUCUAAAAUUACCCUCCUUGUUGGGAUGAAUGCAUCCUCUUGUAUUGAAUGGAAAGCUAUUACUGCUUCUAGAGAUUAUUUUUGUUUCCAGUAGCUUAGAAGCAUGUACCGGUAUGUGAUCUUUUUUGUGGUUCUGAAGGGGUUAAACAUUGAAGGGUUUAGGGGUCAUUAAAUCUGUGCCAUAUGAUGAUAUUGAUCUGUGCAUUAAGGAUGCAAACUCGUAAUAGGACCUUGCUUUUACCCUCAAGAUUGAAAAUAAUGGUAUUAAUUUGGUUUCCUUUUCUCACAGCCUCUCAAUCACCUUUUCUUUCUUCUUUGUUAUGUUCUUGUUCUUCUUUUCCUCUCUCUUUAUCAUGCUUUUAUCAUUUGUCUUUGAAAACCUUUCUUUCUUUUUGAUAAUUCUGAUUUGUGCAUAUAAUUACAGUCCCUCUGUCUUUUUUUUAUUUUGGUUUCUCUACGACUCUGUCUUUAUCUCGAUCCGUCUUGUGAUCUGUCAAUAUAAACAUCCUGGUUGUGUUCUAUUUCAUUUAUAAGAUUACAUCUUGUUUCGAUCCCUUUACAAGUAUGACUUGAUCUGUAAUUACUUUGAUGAUAAUGUACCUAAUCUGAGAAUGUUGUGUCCAAUGGUUUUCAGAAGUUACAUGCCUGUAUUUUGUGACUUGACCGGUUUACACAUACAUGUAGCAUACCGGUAGAUUCAAAUCAAUAUUGGUUUUAUGACAACUGUGUUCUAAUGGUGAUGAUAUUGAUAAUGAUAUGAAGUUUUGUCUAACAUACUCUGAUUACUCAAGUAUGCGAUUAUAAUAACCUGCAUGUGCUAAUACAUUUGUUAUGAGCCUAACUGGAAUUUGACAAGCUUGUAGUGUGCAUAUUAUGUUGAAAACAUGUAGAUUUAGUUAUAACCACUAUUGUGCAAUUGAUAGGAGCUACAGAAAUGUUAAUAUUAUACAUGUAAGCACUCACUGAAUCUGUAAUGCACCAUAGAAACCAUAUAAAAGUGGAGUAAAUAAUGAAGUUUGCUCAUAAUCAAGAAUGAGUCUGACACAGAUUGACAAUGGCUCAUGGAAAUGUGUGUAUUCCAAUCAAGUACCAAGCUGAUUUAGCAAACUAUGCCUUUUUGAAAUUUCUUUUGGUCAUAGAAAUAUGUCUUUUUGCUGAUGAAAUGUAAUGUAUAGACUCUUAAUACAAACACUUCAUACAAACACUUCAUGCACAAUAGAUAUUGCAUGUAUUAAAGCACAAGUAUAGUCCAGAUUACUUGUACAGAAUAUCAGUAUUUGAAAAUCAUUCAAGUUUCACAAACACAGAGAAUAUAUAUAUAUAUAUAAACAGUCAUUUCAUUAUAAUUGGUCUUCUCAGUAUUUUGUUAUUUAUUUUUUAAGUAUAAUUAUGUACCUCUUUCAAUGUGUUAUUAUUAUUUUGACGGCUUUGGAGGAGUGGGGGGGGGGGGGGGUAGGGCAUUGCCGUUAAGAUGGAUUUAAGCAAAAAAGAAAUGUUCAAACUCGUGUUUUUUCUUUCUAAAUCAGUCUUACAGUGUAUUGGGUUGUGGUUGCUUUGUCUUGCCAAGGGUAUUAACCAUUGAACAGCUUUUCAUUUGAGCAAACCAUCUAUAUUUUGUUGUAUUUUUACAUUAAAUAUUUUGAAUUCUAAGAAGUAGAUUACAGCUAUACAUUGUUAGGAGAAUGUAAAAUAAAAUGCUGAAUUGCUGAUAAUAGAGCGAAUCGAGUUGCAUUAUUAUGCUAUAUCAACCCAUCAAAACAAGACAGAGAUAAGUUUUCUUGCUGGUAGUAACACAUUAAUACCACAAUGUAAAGUGAAACUCAAAGACAAUCUCUUUGUACAGAUGUGAAAUAAAACAAGUCUUCUUAUAUAUAUAUAUAUAUAUAUAUACAUACAUAUAUAUAUAUAUAUAUAUAUAUAUAUAUAUAUUUUCGCUUCCGGGGUUGGGGCCAUAGCAUGUGUCACACAAAAGUCUGUAUUCUACUAAUUCAAUUUAACCCAACCCGAGUUUAAGAUUACAUAGACUUCGGUCUAAUUUCCUUUAUAAAUCAAACCAUAAUUUUAACUAAAAGCUUAAACCCAACACCAGGUUUAUAUUUGAGAAGAAUACACAGCUACCAGUUUGAAAUGUUCCUUUUCAAACAUUUUGCAAUCUAUUGAAGAAAAAAAUGCAAUGUAUAACAUGCCUGAUGGAUUUGUUACUGAAACAAAAAAUAUAUAUUUACUUUACUAAAUACAUGCAAAUAAGUAUGUUUCAUAUUGUAAGAUAUAUUGCAAUGUAUUUCAAUGCAUAAAGUCAAAGAUUAGAUGGUGUUAAUGCAUUCAAAUAGGCAAUCCAGUAGCAUUGUUUUAUUCAGAUUGAAGAAAUUUUAAAAUAAUUUCAACAAAAUGUGUAAAAAAAUUAUGUAUCUCAACUUCAUAUACUCAAAUGUCAACGUAGAUCUUGUGUAUUAUAGUACAUUCACACUGUAAAGUGAAUUAUUAUUCUUGUAAAAGUGCUGUUUUCAUUAAAAUUUCUAAAUGUAACAUAAUAUGAACUUGCUUUGAACCCCACUUUGUAGAGUGUCUCAGUAAUAUUUUAAGUAAUUUACAUGGCACGCAGAUGUAUUUGAACAUUUUCACAUGCAUGCAGGUGAAAGGAAAGAUUCUCCUGGUGCAAAUUUGGUGGUUAAACAUUAAAUAAAAUAUUGUACCAGGACUUAGUCCCAUUUCAAGAAGAGAA